AUGGCAAAAGCAUACACACAGGCUGAAUUUGAUAGUCUAAUGGAGAAGGUGGAGAAGGUAGAUAUUAGGGUGAAAGAAUACUUGGAAUUAGCUGGAUACGAAAAGUGGGCUAGGUUGUAUGCACCUGUUAACAGGAGAUGGACCAUGACGUCAAAUAUUGUUGAGUCAAUCAAUGCCGCACUUGUGUCAGCAAGAAAAUUGCCAAUAUACGACUUCCUCGAAGAAGUUAAGAAGAUGUUUGGACGUUGGAAUUGCAGCAAUCGGAAAGAAGCUUCACACACGUACACAACGCUUGGAAAAAAAAUACCAGGAGAUGCUUACUUUGAAUGA